GACCAACCGGCGGUCACACCAGCUACACAAGCCAGGCGAAAAAACUGAAGAAAAAUUUUAAAAUAAUUAGCGUGCCAUCGAUCCAAUAGUUGGUACUUACUCGAAGUACCGAAGACUUGUUCUUGCCAAGCAGAUGGCUGCCUAAGACGAGGAACUUCAGGAAAAGGUAAUACAAAAAAAAAAGACCCCAAAAUGACCCAAUAUCUGCCGCCGAAUUUGCUGGCGCUAUUUGCGGCACGGGAUCCCAUCCCGUUUAUGCCGCCGGUGGACAAGUUGCCGCACGAGAAGAAGUCUCGCGGCUACCUGGGAGUGGCCAAGUUCAUGGCCGACUUCGAGGACCCCAAGGACACGCCGCUGCCGAAAACGGUGGAGACGCGCCAGGAGCGACUCGAACGGCGCCGGCGCGAGAAGGCCGAGCAGGUGGCCUACAAGCUGGAGCGAGAGAUAGCCCUGUGGGAUCCCACAGAGAUCAAGAACGCCACGGAGGAUCCGUUCCGCACGCUCUUCAUUGCCCGCAUCAACUACGACACCUCGGAGUCCAAGCUGAGGCGUGAGUUCGAGUUCUAUGGGCCCAUCAAGAAGAUCGUCCUGAUCCACGACCAGGAGUCAGGUAAACCCAAGGGCUACGCCUUCAUCGAGUACGAGCACGAGCGGGACAUGCACGCCGCCUACAAGCACGCCGACGGUAAGAAGAUCGACAGCAAGCGCGUCCUGGUGGACGUGGAGCGGGCUCGUACAGUGAAGGGCUGGCUACCGCGUCGCCUGGGCGGCGGUCUGGGCGGAACGCGUCGCGGUGGCAACGAUGUCAACAUCAAGCACUCCGGCCGCGAGGACAACGAGCGGGAGCGCGAACGCUACCGGCUGGAGCGGGAGCGUGAGGAUCGCGAGGGUCCUGGACGCGGCGCCGGCACCAAUGGCCUGGAUGCCCGGCCUGGACGCGGUUUUGGGGCAGAGCGGCGACGUUCUCGCUCCAGGGAACGCCGCGACCGGGAAAGAGAACGCGGACGUGGCGCUGUGGCCGCUAGUGGUCGCUCACGCAGCCGUUCCCGCGAGCGCAGAAAACGACGAGCGGGCAGCAGAGAGCGGUACGACGAAUUCGACCGCCGGGAUCGGCGGGACAGGGAGCGUGAUCGUGAUCGGGAGCGCGAGAAGAAGAAGAAGCGCUCCAAGUCGCGCGAACGCGACUCCUCCAGGGAGCGGCGCGAACGGAAGCGAGAGCGAAGGGAUCGUGAACGCGGUGCCGGAUCCGGCGGCGAUGUCAAGGAGCGCAAGCCCGACUUCCGCGACAUGGACGUCAUCAAGAUCAAGGAGGAGCCCAUCGACGAUGGCUAUCCCUCGUUUGACUACCAGAACACGGCCAUCAAGCGGGAAGUGGACGACGAGAACGAGGAGAAGUACCGGCCGCCGCCUGCGCAUCACAAUAUGUUCAGUGUGCCGCCUCCGCCCAUUUUGGGUCGCGGCACGGCCAAUCCGAAUCCCAAUCCCGACAAUGGCCAGCAGCAGGGCUCCGGCGAGCCGGGCUGGUGGCGUCAGUAGAGAGGGCGGAACAGAGAGAGUCCUGGAGCAAUCUUUCAAGGUUAAUAAUUGUAGAAAUCUGUCGUCUGUGGGUCGCAACUAUUUAUUCAUUCGACUCGAGGCACCGCAAUCCCGGAGAGACUAACCAUAGCAAUCCACGGUUCCAUUUUACACAGCAAAUUUUAAGGUAUCGCCUGGAGAGACGCCAGGCAGAACAACAUUAUAGAAACCCAGACCGCUAAACGCAAAAUCCACUAAUUUGUGCGUAGCUUAAAUCAUUUAAAUUUAUAAGUAACUCUUAACAAAUGAAUAUGAAAGAAAAGUAAGUAAAAUAAAGCUAGCCCUACAUGUGUUUGUUUCCCCACCUUUGGUAAGGGGGUCAAAGGGAAUACGGAGAAUCAGGAGCUGGAAUCCUUGCGAUGGCGAAAUAUGGUAUUAUCCCAUGGUGGUUCCUGGGAUUUUCUUACUCACUUAGCAAUAAGCUCAACAAAAACGCAACUUGAACACAAACCCUUGCACUAACCCGUGCCUUUUCUUCUCUGUUUUUUGCAGUUUUCAAUCAAUUGAAAAUCUGACACUGACUAAGCGUGAAAGCAAAAGCAUAAGUAUAUUUAAUCGAACAGAAAUCAAAAAACCGAAAAUUAGUUCCGCGAGAAUUCGUAGCCAAAGCCCACAGUCCAAUAUUCCAAGCCCACAUCAGGUAAUUUGGUCUACGCACAAACCUCACUAAUCCAUGCGUCUACCGUUCUAGGACCGCUCUAGAAUCGAGAUAGCUACCGAUACUUUCCUCCUAUCCUCCGCUCUGGGUUGCCUGUUGUGGUGUGUAAGUUGUUAAAUUGAAUCGGGCUAAAUUCGCAAGACCUUCUGAACCAAAAAAUACAAUACAGCUAUGUAAGUUUAACCCGGUUCCGGUCCCGGUAAGAUUUGCUCGACCGCCGAGAGGGUAAGGGAGCUUUCCUCUGUUUGGUACACAUUGCGAACUGCUCUGAUGGUCUGUGGCAAUGGCAAUCUACUUAUCCAUUAUGUCUGUAACCAAUUUACCAUCUCGAUCUUUUCAUGUACGUUGAGCUGAUUGUUAUCGUACUGAAGAGGAACACGCGGCGGAAACUCGCAUAGAACA